GCGGAAGUGAAACUGCCACGAAUCAACAUGGCUUCAAAACAACAGCUUGAGAGUUUAAGGGAAGAUCUAAUUUGUCCCAUCUGUUUAGACUUAUUCACCGAUCCGGUGUCACCAGACUGCGGCCACAACUUCUGCCGCUCCUGUAUCACACAGUUAUGGGAACAUGAAGAUAGAAACUCCUGCCCGGAAUGUAGAGAGGUGUUUACAGACCGCACCCUCAGGGUUAGUCGGGCCUUGGCGAGUCUGGCUGGGAAAGCUCGAACACUGAACCCGAAUCUCAAAGGGAAGGAAAGUAAAUUUAACUGCGAGAAACAUCAGGAGGAACUGAAACUGUUUUGUGAAACGGACAAGAAACUGAUCUGUGUGAUUUGUGCAGCUGGGCGGGAACACAAGACUCACAGCUUCAUGCCGGUGGAUGAAGCUGUUGAAAUCUACAAGGCUGAGAUCAAAUCUUCCUUGGAAUCUCUCACUCAAAAUAAAUUGGCGUUGGAGCGAAUGGAACAGCAACAAAAGCAGAAGUUUUGUGGAGUUCUGUGUGCUUAG